AUGAAGCUUUUGGUCCUAGCGGCCUUUGUUGUGGCCGUGUCAUCGGGCCGUCUAGUGAGUGAAUCCAAUACAGACCAACCGCAAGGGCCCUGGCAAGUCGGUAAGGUAUACAAAUACGAUGUCGACUCCCACACACUGGCCUACCUUCCUGACAGCGCAAAGACCGGAAGCGCCUACCGGGCCCGCUUCACGAUUCGCGCCAGGGCACCUGGAAAACUAGAAGCGAGGCUUGAGAAACCAGAACAUGCUUUGGUGCACCAAGAACUGAGGCAGCACGAGCCGAUGCAAGAGGAACUCAACUUCCAGCCUGUCUUAAACCUCGACAAACCGUUCGAGAUCAGUAUAGACGGCGGAAGAAUUGUCUCCCUUACGCUACCAUUGGGCUUGUCUCUCGCUAAUGAGAAUUUGCUGAAGGGUCUCAUUGGUUCUCUCCAAAUUGAUUUGUCGACGUACAGAAACAUCCAUACAGAUCAUGACACCUACGACAAUGAUAUCAAACAAGGUCUGUUCAGGAAAAUGGAGACAGACGUAACGGGUGACUGUGAAACAUUAUACUCCGUAUCUCCUGUGGCUUCUGAAUGGAGGCGUGACUUACCUAUGUUUGCGAACGUAGAAGACCCUAUUGAAAUCACUAAGAGCAAGAGCUACGGCCACUGUCACCACAGAGUCGACUAUCACUUUGGAGUUCCCGAAGGAGCAGAAUGGACCGGCACUGCACACUCCACAAAGGAAGAACAGCUUAUCAAGAGGUCAACUGUCUCACGUUUCCUAGUGGGCAAAAAUGGACCUAUUUACAGGGCAGAAACAACCAGUACCGUAAAUGUUAGCCCACUCAUGUAUGGGAAGCAACAAGCUGAAGUGCACAGUAAGAUAACUGUGCAAUUAGUCAGUUUCGAAGAUGACAACCAGCCCGAAUGGGAGAAACCUGAAGGUGGUCGCGAAAUUCAAAACCUCCUAUAUUCCUUAACGCCUAAACAAGUAACCAUUGAUGACUCAUCAUCAUCAACCGAAUCGCAAGAAAGUCAGGAAUCUCGCGGAGAAAAAUCACGUCCACCGCGUUCCCUCAAGCCUAAACGGAUUUUAGCUAUCAACAAGUACAUUAUCGACAAACAAAGCGAAGAAGACAUAAACUCAAAGAGCUCUUCUAGUUCAAGUGACUCACGGUCAGCUUUUGUAAACGAUGACGUACCAAAUGUCAACGAACCUGCGUAUGCAGCUCUGUACAUGAACCCCCAGCCUCGCGGAGACAAAAAACAAAAUCCAAUGAAUGCACAGAAGCUGGUACAAGAAAUGGCACAACAAUUGCAAAACCCCAAUAACAUGCCUAAAGCUGACUUCUUGUCCAAGUUCAACGUACUCGUUCGUAUCGUUGCUUCCAUGAGCUAUGGCCAGCUGACCCAAACGAGUCGCAGUAUUGAAAUCGGAAAAAACCACGCCGAUGUAAUGAAAGCAGAUAUGUGGAGGAUAUACCGCGACGCAGUUACACAAGCCGGUACCCUGCCCAGCUUCCAGCUGAUUAGAUCUUGGAUUCAAGAACAGAAAAUUGGAGGAGAAGAAGCCGCUGAGGUUGUCGCCGUGUUGCCGAGGUCACUGCGUUACCCCACGAAGGAAACAAUGACACAAUUCUUUGAUUUGGCUUUGAGCCCCGAGGUCAGAGAAGAGAAGUAUUUAAAUACAUCGGCGUUGAUUGCAGCCUGUAAAUUCAUUAACAUGGGACAAGUCGACAACAGAACAGUUCACCGCCUUUACCCAACACAUAUGUACGGACGGCUCUCCGACCGUCAUGAUAGUUUUGUACUAGACGAUGUUCUACCACGACUAGAAUCCCAGUUGCAGAUGGCCGUUGAACAACAAGACAGCCACAAAUCCCAAGUUUAUAUUAGGGCUAUUGGUACUUUAGGCCACCGCGAAACCCUAAGAGUAUUCGCACCGUAUUUAGAGGGUAAAAUACCAGUUUCUACAUACCUAAGGACCCAAAUAAUUGACUCUCUGAGGACUUUGGCAAAGCAAAGGGAUAGAUAUGUUCGGUCUGUUCUGUACAGUAUACUUCGUAAUACAGCUGAACCUAACGAAGUCAGAGUUGCAGCUAUUCUAAACAUCUUCAUGACACAUCCCACUGGAACUAUGUGGCAAUAUAUGGCUGAAAUGACAAAGACCGAUCCCAGCAUAGAAGUCCGUGCAGCAAUCAAAUCUGGCAUAGAAUAUGCAGCAGAACUUCAACACCCCAGAUACUUUGAACUUUCUAGAUCUGCUCAGGCAGUACGAGGAAUGCUUUCUGAGGAGGAAUUUGGCAAACAGCAUUCUAUCAAAGCAAUGAUGUCUCACGACAGAGAUGACGAUGAAGUUGGUGUUUUGGGUGUCUGGUCAAACAUUGGUGCUGAGGACAGUUUGAUUCCAAAGUCUUGGAGAUAUUCAUUGCAAAACACGGUCAGCGGCUGGAAGGAAGAAUCUACUGCCUCAUUAUCAGUCUCCAACUGGCACCGUUUGAUGAAUUUCUUCAAUGAGAUCAUAAAUAAGAACGCACCUCAAUCAAAGUCUAAGACAGAACACAAAUUCUCGGCCGAAAAAAUCUACGAAAUGUUCAAUUCUAAAAAUAACAGACCCGAAUCUGCAGAAGCCUCCUUGUUCGUUGAUUUCUUGAAUCAGCAGAGAUUCUUCGCACUGGGUGAAAAUGACUUGAAACAACUCCCGCAACAACUUGCAGAUAUGCUGACGAGAUUCAACGGAGGUUAUGAAAAGCAUUCCACUAAAGUUGUAAACAAAAACAAACUAGCCAUAAUGUUCCCAGUAGCGUCUGGUAUGCCAUUCGUAUACAAGUACAAAGAACCCGUAGCUAUUCACUUUCAAAUCAAAAACGGCCAAGUUAACUCCUUCGACAACAGCGGCCUUAACACAAACAUGGACACUGAACUGAUUUUCACAUACGCUGAAAACCACGACGGUAGCGUAGGUUUCUUAGACACUAUAUCGAACCAAUACGCCAGUGUCGGUGUAGUUGGAAAGGUGCAAUUCCACGUACCUCUAAAAGUCCACGUUGAAAUGAAAUCUGGCGACACCAAAAUUAGGUUUUCACCCAUCCAACCGGAACAGGAUGUCAACAUCUUUCACUACAGUAUUUGGCCCUACAGUGCUAACCAAAAGAAGGACACACUUGUCACCAUUUCCCAAGAUCCAUCAACUAAACUGAUCAACCGUGACAGUAAGACUAUUUCAGUCGAUUACAAGUUUGGACAGAUGUUUGGAACUCAGUAUCAGUUCAAUGGAUACUCUUAUUCGAACGAUUACAAAAAUGUGGUUGACAUGUUCUUGUCUCGUAGUCCACUUUCUCAUAUUGUGUCGCCAUUUGGACAAAAAGAUAUCGGCCAGACUCACUUCAACCUGAGGUACCUGGGUAAACAGUCAAAGGGUAGGGGUGUGACAAUUGCAGCAAACUAUGACACACUGUACAACCAAAAACAAGAAGGUAAAAUGCCGGUAGAAGCUACAGAUAUGACUGACGUUUCGCCAAGCAGUCCCGCUCGACGUGAAGCUCUGGCUAAACGCGUAGCUUCUGGAAUAAAAACAGCUAGAGCUCAGGUUCUUGAUUUGAGCGCUAGCUUUGAAGGGCCACAAAAAUUGGAAUACGUCUUUACAUUUGCAAUUGGUAGAAGUGACAUUGAUCCAAAAAUACAAUUUGCAUUAUUUGGCGCCCGAAACUCUGAACAACAUGGUAACACGCAAAUCAACUCCGUUGGAAGACUGAUCCGGCCAAAGAGUGUUUCAACUUUGAAUUAUGCCGAAGCAUUGAAGCAAGAGCUAAAGAUGCCGUUUGAAGCGGAUAUUCGUUAUGGCCAGAAAGAAUUUAUGAAAAUCCAAGGUUCAGCUGAAAGAUCACAGAAAUACGCCGAAGAGCUCCAAAGACAUCCUCUGUCCCAGCAAUGUCUCGAGGAGAUGAGCAACAAUAACUUCUUCCAAAGCGCCUGCCAUAAAGUACUUAUUUUGGCUCAUGCCCCUGAUUCAGUUAAAUUGUCAGUCACGUAUAAUCCGAAUCCUUCAAUCCGAAGCACAGCCUAUCAACUAUACAGAAUCUUGAGAGCAUCUACCUUAUGGCAAACCGAAGAUAAUCCGCAGAAAGUUUCACCAGAUGGAAAAAUGGACGUGAUGUUUGACGUGUCCUUUUUGUCACAAACCAUGACCGUGGGUUCUAACUCCAAAUUUGGAGAGCUUCGUAUUAAAAAUAUCCCAAUUCCCAGAGUGACGCCUGGAGUUCUAUCUACCUACAGGCCAAUCCAACCAUACGAAAGAGUUCUCAACUAUUACACUCAACAUCAAUUCCAGCCUUACUGCACUGUUGAUGGAGCAAGAGUGAGAACCUUCAGCGAUCGCAAAUACGACUACAACCUCUCACGUAACUGGCAUGUGGUUAUGGCUAACAAGGCAGAAUAUGGGGACGAUUACGCUGUUCUUGCAAGACGACCCAGCGAAAAGACACAGGAAGCCUACAUCUCAUACAGAUCUCAGAAUGGCAAACAUUUGGAAAUCGAAGUCGGGUCAGGUGCGGACAGUUCCAACUACAACGUCAAGGUCUUCACCAACGCAAAGAAGAUUUCCGAAGGCGAGCUCACAACCUACUGGGAUGACAGCGAAGAAUCACCCAUUCUCGAAUACUUCGUUCAACCUGACAAUGUACUCAUGCUUAAGAUAAAGGAAGAUAAUCUCAGAAUAAUGUUCGAUGGGCAAAGACUCGUUGUCCUCUCAAGAGAAGGACGAGGCAACAAUAGAGGUAUCUGUGGAACCAUGAGCGGUGAUAGACGCGACGAUUACUUAACACCAUUCGGCCUGGUCGACGCACCGGAACAGUUCGCAGCAUCUUACGCUCUGAACGACGAAAACGGUGACCUCAAGACCCAGCAAUAUCAGACCCAAGCCAAACAGAUGGCCUACCAACCACGCAACCAGUAUACAGCAAUCUUACGAUCAGAUGAAAACUGGCAGAGCUCCAUGCAGUCAGAUGGCAGCACGUUCGACGACAGUGGCGUAUAUUCUUCUCGGAGCUACUCAAAGAAGAAGGAGCCGUGCAAAAUGCAGAAGCAAGUUCAAUACUACGAGAACUAUGGAGAAAUUUGUAUCACAACCAAGCCUUUGCCCGCCUGUCAGUCGUAUUGCAAUGUUGAAGGGUACAAGAUGCAAGCGGCACAAGUAGUGUGUCGCCCAAAGUUGGAUCAACAGUUUAUCACGUACAGAAACCAAAUUCGUCAGGGUCUAAACCCGAAAGUUUCUGGUGCCCCCGAGUCCAGACAAUAUCGUGUACCUGCAAGUUGCAAGGCUUAA